GAAAAAUAGUUUUAUUUAUGAGUGACACGGAUUAUAGAGUAGGUGAUGCUGCAGAAAUGGAAGAUGUUUAAUCCAAACAAAACUCCUCUUACCGCUAAACUGAUCAGUCUCCGUUCAAGAUUCUUCUCUAAUCAAAUUGCCCACAACCUGUUCGACGAAAUUCCUCACAGGACUCUGCAUGCCAAUAACCGCAUCCUCAAAAGCUACUGCAGAGACAAAAGGUACAAAGAAGCGCUUUCUCUGUUUUCCCGCCUCUCCUCAUCGGAAAAACCCGAUCUUUACUCGAUUCCCACAGCUCUCAAGGCGUGCGCCGCGCUGAAAGCGCUCGACUUUGGGAAGGCGAUUCACAGCUUCUCCAAGAAGGAUGGUCAAAUCGGCAGCAACUUGUUUGUGGGGUCGGCUGUGAUAGACAUGUACGCGAAAUGUGGAGCGAUGGAUGAGUCGUUGCGUGUGUUCGAGGAGUAUCCGGAGCCGGAUAUGGUCUUGUGGACCACGGUCGUCACAGGAUUUGAGCAGAACGGGCGGAGUUUGGAGGCUUUGGAGUUUUUUUCUCGAAUGGCGAUGGUGGAAGGUGUUGUGAUUGAUCCGGUUGCUCUUGUUAGUGUUGUGUCUGCUUGUGUCCAGUUGUUGGAGUUGAAGGUGGGGAGGAGUGUCCAUGGUUAUGUGAUUAGGAUGGGAUUGGGAAACGACUUACCUUUGUCGAACGCGUUGCUGAAUUUGUAUGGGAAGACGGGGUUGGUAAAUUAUGCAGUGAGGUUGUUUGAGGGAAUGGAGGAGAAGGAUGUGAUUUCGUGGGGUUCAAUGAUUGCUUGCUAUGCUCAUCACGGUGGUGCGAAAGAAGCGCUUGCUCUUUUCAAAGAUAUGAUUUUUAAAGGAAUCGAGGCGAAUGCAGUUGCUUUGAUCAGUGUUUUGCAAUCGUGUGAAGCUGCGCGUAGUUUAGACGAGGGGAAAAGGAUACACGAACUUGCUGCAAGAAACGGAUUGGAUGCGGAUGUUUUAGUCUCCACAGCUCUGAUUUCUAUGUACAUGAGCUGCUCUGCCCCGGAUGAAGCAACUGAGGUGUUCAAAGGAAUGCCUGAGAAAGACGUGGUCUGUUUCUCUGCAAUGCUGCGCGGAUGUGUUGAAAAUGAGAGGGCGUGGGAGUCUAUUGGAGUUUUACGCGCUAUGUUGGCAAGUGAUUUUCGGCCGGAUGUUUAUGAUUUGGUUAAAAUCCUGACUGCUUGCUCAGAGCUAGGCGUUCUUCAGCAGACGAGGUGCUUCCAUGGUUUUGUGAUGAAGUGUGGCUUGGGCGAUGAUUCAUUUGUCUCUGCUUCGCUCGUGGAAUGCUAUGCGAAAUGCGGUAGUUUGGAUUGUGCAACCUCGAUUUUCGGGUGUGUAAAGGAUAGAGAUGUUGUUUUGUGGAGCUCUAUGUUGACAGCAUUUGGGAUACAUGGGAAAGGAAGGGAGGCGUUGGCUUUGUUCGAUGAGAUGGUGAAGGAUUCAGGCGUUAGACCGAAUGAGGUGUCGUUCGUCUCCAUUCUGUCGGCUUGUAGUCAUGCUGGUUUGGUUCGAGAAGGCAUUGAGAUGUUCGACUUGAUGGUGAAUGGCUACAAGCUAGCACCAAACUCGAAGCAUUAUGGGAUAGUGGUCGACCUCCUUGGCCGCGUGGGGGAGGUGGAGAAAGCCAUGGGGUUCGUCAAUGGGAUGGCGGAUGGUGGUGAUCCGAGCGUGUGGGGUGCGUUGCUUGGCUCAUGUAGAGUUCAUCGGGACAACGAGAUAGCAGAGAUUGCGGGGAGGAAACUGGUUGAGUUGGAUGGUUGUGAUGCUGGUUAUUAUGUUUUGUUGUCGAAUGUGUAUGCGGUUGAUGAGAAGUGGGGAGAAGUUACUUGGGUUCGAGGAUUGGUCGAGGAGAAGAAGAUGAAGAAGGUGUCAGGUAGAAGCGUGGUUCUAGUAGGAGAUGAAGUUUGUAGUUUUGUAGCUAAUGACAUAUAUUGUCAAGAAUCCAACCAUAUCUGUGAUUUGGUGAGGGUAUUACAUGGCAUGAUGAAAGAGGAGUUUGAUUGUUUCAGAGUGUAGUCCGUAAUAAUCGACCCCCCUUAAGGACCAUCGUCCUCAUUGAUCGCCGGUGGCUCUCAAAUGUCCUCGUUGGUCAUGACUGACUCAUUUCCCAUGAGGCCACCACUCAAAGUCAUCGGACCUCUCAAUGGAAGCAUCAAUGUUACUGGCUAAAUAUGAGAACUCAUCCCAAGCAAGCGACCAGCAUGACAAAAGAGACUCGGCACGGGUAGAGAGUUGAUUUUUUAGGGAAGGGGCGACGUCGAGGUUGUUGCAAUCGAGUGUUGAUGGUACGUUGCUUGCUAGAAAGAAGUUUUGUAGUAAAAGAUGGAUACUGUCAAGAAUUCAACCAUAUCUUUGAUUUGGUGAGCCGGUGGUGAUACAUCACCGGGUGCGUCCGGCGAUACGGGCAGCGCCUCAGCCGUGAAAGCCUCUACGCCGCCGCCGGGUUCUACGCCUGGUGAUACACAUAUGGGCAUUCAUGGACCAGUAAUGGGAGGUGAACGUGAUGCACAUUUAUAGGGAACCUAAUAUUGCGGCUGAUUUUCUUGCUAACUGGUCGACAGAGAUGCCUCCUGAAUUGCACAUUUUUGUUUCUUCUCCUAGAGGUCUCCUUAACAUUCUUCUACUAGACAAGCUGGAAAACUCCGAGGCCCGGCUAUGCCCCUGUUAGGAUAUUAGAGACUUCAUCUCUCUUUCCUAUGUAACCAAAAUAAAAAGAGCCAUUUUACUA